GUGGCCAUGAAUUUUUUUAAUAACCAAAAUUAACAUGAAAAAUGCGUGAAAUCAUUUCUCAAUAAAGCCGCCGUAAAAGCCGCCUUCCUCUACAUUCCUACCUCCUUCCCAGGGUGUUUGUCUUAAAUCAAAACCACUUUUCAAUAUCUCGGCAGAUAAUCACCCCCCUCCCCUCUUUCUCCCCUAAAUCAAUACGAAAGAAGAGAGCAUCGAAACUUAUGAAAACCCUAAUAUUUUAAAUUCUGAUUCCAAAUUCUUGAUAAUCGAAUUCAAAUUUCCAGAAAUUCUCGCUCAAAUUCAUCCGCGAUGUCGUUUGAUUUAACGCUGAAGCCAUCAUGUGGUGGAUGUGGUGUAACAACCGAUCUUUACGGCAGCAAUUGCAAGCAUCUGACGCUUUGUUCGAGCUGCGGUAAAACUAUGGCGGAGAAUCGUGCGAAAUGCUACGAAUGUGGCGCUACUCUCACUCGUUUGAUUCGUGAGUAUAAUGUGAGGGCGAGCUCGAGCAAUGAAAAGAAUUAUUUUAUAGGGAGAUUUCCGACGGGAUUGCCGAAUUUCUCUAAGAAGAAGAGUGCGGAGAAUAAGUGGACUUUGCAGAAAGAAGGGCUUCAAAAUCGCCAGAUUAGCGACGCUUUGAAGGAGAAAUUCAAGAAUAAGCCUUGGAUGCUGGAAGAUGAAACUGGUCAAUCACAGUACCAGGGUCAUCUGGAAGGAGCGCAAUCAGCUACAUAUUAUCUACUUGUGUUGCAGGGAAAAGAGUUUGCUGCAAUACCAGCUGGUUCUUGGUACAACUUCAAUAAAGUUGCGCAAUAUAAGCAACUUACUUUAGAAGAAGCAGAGGAGAAGAUGAAAAAUAGGAGAAAGUUUGUUGAUGGUUAUGAAAGAUGGAUGAUGAAAACAGCCAGCAAUGGAGCUGCUGCAUUCCCCACCUUUGAUGCAACUCUCGUGAAAGAUAUACCUACUGGUGGAGGAGGGAAAGGGCGCAAGAAAUCAACUGCUGAAGAUGAGGGCAAUGCCUCAGACAAAGGAGAGGAUGACCCAGAAGAAGAGGGGGAAAGGAAGGCAAAAGUUGGACCGAGCAAAAGAGCUGGUGAUGAUGACGACGAAGAAGGCCCAGCUGGAGGUGAUUUUGAUGAUGAUGAUGACAUUGAGAAAGGUGAUGACUGGGAGCAUGAGGAAAUUUUUACUGAUGAUGAUGAAGCUGUUGGUAAUGAUCCUGAGGAGCGGGAAGACCUGCUGGCUCCAGAACUCCCUGCACCCCCAGAGAUUAAGCAGGAUGAUGAUGAUGAUGAUGCUAAUGAAGAGGAGGGAGGAUUGAGCAAAUCAGGAAAAGAGCUGAAAAAAUUACUUGGACGGUCCAACGGGCUUAAUGAUUCUGAUGCAGAUGAAGAGGAUGACAAAAGAAAGAAAGAUGAAGAGGAUGAUGAUGAUGAAGAUGAAGAAGAUCGCCCUUCUCCUGUUUUAGCUCCAAAGUUGAAGGACCCUAAAGAAGAAGCAGCAGAUAGCAGCCCUGUAAAACCAGUUCCUGGAGGAUCUUCUCGGGCAACUCCUUCCACAAAAUCAGCAAAAGGAAAGAGGAAGAAUGGGGAUGAUACAAAACCUACUAGUGGUGCUCCUCAAAAGAAGGUAAAGACUGAAAAUGAUGUGAAAUCAACCACAAAGGAUAAUGCAUCAAAAAAUGUUGCGGUCCCCAAAGCUAUGCCUUCAUCAUUGAAGGCUAGUACACCGGUUCAAGGUACACCUGCUCAAGGGCCUGUGGCAGAAGAGGAAAUUAGAGCUGUAUUAUUGCAAAGAACUCAAAUAACCACUAAUGAUCUUGUGGCAGUCUUCAAAGCAAGACUAAAGACAUCAGAGGACAAGAGAGCGUUCGCGGAAAUUUUGAAGAAAAUCUCAAGGAUUCAGAAGUGCGAUAACAAGAAUUAUGUCGUACUAAGGAGCACAUAGAUCUUAUUGUGCUCUUUGAUUGAGAAGUUUGUUCUUUCAAGACAGUGGGUAAUUGGGAUAGUUGUAAAGUUGUAACAUUUGCUGACUGAUUAGUGGAAUAUUUUACAAGUAUUAGAGCAAGAUGUAUUCUUUUGCAUUUUCCCGUGUAGAAAUUGAAAUCUCUCAUGGAAAAAAAAAGUUUGUAAAAGUUCAUUUACUAUGGAGUAUGGGUGGUGGUAGAUGGCCUUUAAUAGAAUUUUCGAUAGAAAAAGCCACACUAGAAUUGAAAUUGGUAGAAACUAUUAAAUUAAGAAGAAAUGAGUGCAAAGAGAGUAUCAAAAUUUUGAUCAAUAGCUCUGUUAUUAGCACUCCUUGCUACAUGUUUGUCAAAUAGACGAUAUUGUUUCUUUUUGCCUGGAUAUUUUUCCUAUGCUCUUUAAAAGAUGCAACAUUGUAUAAUAAUCACUAUUUAUCUAUCAA